UAUAAAGUUAAUUUCACUUUUAUUUACUCUUUUUAGGUGUAACAUUUUUAACAUUUACGACGGAUGGAUGGACAUCCAGGGCAAUAGAAUCAUUCAUUUCCCUAACGGUACACUAUCUAAGUGUAAAUUUUAUACAAAAACAUUUUGUCCUAAAUGUUCGCAACAUAAUUGUGUCACAUACAGGACAAAAUCUUUAUGAAUUAUUAAGGAGCUUGCUAGAAGAGUGGAACCUAUUAACUGCAGGAAAAAAUAUUUUUUUUGUUACCGAUAAUGGACGUAACAUUGUUAAAGCUAUAGAAAUAGGCGAAUGUGAAGAUAAUUGGCAGCGUAUUUCAUGCUUUGCUCAUACAUUGCAGCUUUGUAUAGGAGAUGCUAAAAAAUCAUGUACAAAUUUCAAAAUUUUUGUGAAGAAGUGCAGAAGUAUUGUGGGUUACUUUGCACGUUAUUCAGUUGCAAGAACAAAGCUCAAACGGAUUCAAAAAUUAUUGAACCCUAAUUCGCGACCUCUUUUAUUAAUCCACGAUGUUGACACUCGAUGGAAUUCGGAGUAUGCAAUGUUCGAGCGGUUGUUAAAAUUACGAAGGCCUCUUAGUAAAUUAUUAAAAACUAAAGGAAUGCCUAAAAACUUGUCAAAUUGUCAAUGGAAGCUUCUAAAUGAUUACGUUAAUGUUCUUCAACCUUUAAAGGAGGCAACGGAAUUAUUGUGUGCUGACACAUACCCGACAGCAUCGUCUUAUAUUCCGAUUGUAAAUGGAAUUCAGAAGACAUUAGAAGAACUCCCUAAUGAUAGCAACAAUUUAGUGGAUAAUCUAUCAAAUUCGAUUAAAAAAAGAUUCAAAGUGAUUAAAAAAAAUACAACUCUACAAUUAGCCAUGAUGUUAGAUCCCCGCUACAAAAGUUGCUACAUCAAAACUGAAUCAGCAAAAAGGAAAAUAAAAAAAAAUUAUUUGAAGCCGUUUCGUCUGAAUCAACAUCACUGAAAGAAAGCGAUGAAUUGUUGAAGUCUUCUCAAAAUCAAAAGUCUUUCGGCAAAUCAAAAAAGAAGAUUGAAAUGUUCUUCGAAGAAAACUGCUUUAAGAAACAACAGCCGAGCAGCAUUGAAGAAGAAAUUAAAUUUUAUCUGGAAAACCCUUUACUACCGUAUAAUUUGGAUCCCUUAAAUUGGUGGAG